UGGUUUAAGAGAAGAGGCCGCAUUAAGUAUAUAUUUGGAGGGGAAUGAAUAUUACCAAGCUUUUUAUAUAACAUGAUUUUAUUCCCCCAAUGUGGUUUAUAAAGGCACCCUGGAAGAUGCAUGAAACAUUUCUUUACUAUGGCGUUUCUGUUCUGUCACGUACCCACUGGUUAUAGCAUCAGAGGGGUAGCCGUGUUAGUCUGAAUCUGUAAAAAGCAACAGAGGGUCCUGUGGCACCUUUGAAACUAACAGAAGUACUGGGAGCAUAAGCUUUCGUGGGUGCCAUAUGUACCAUCAAGUGCCAAGCAAGUUGAGAAUGUGAUGUCGUUGCUGAAAGGACGCUCUGGGAAGAUGGUGGAUUUAGGGUCAGGAGAUGGCAGAAUUGUAUUAGAAGCAUAUAAACAAGGCUUCAGACCAGCUGUUGGCUACGAACUCAACCCCUGGCUGUUGAAACUCUCCAACUAUCGCGCCUGGAGGGCUGGGUGUUACGGGAAGGUUUUCUACCAACGGCAAGAUCUAUGGAAGGUAAACCUGUCUGACUGCAACAACAUCUCUAUCUUCCUAGCUCCCAGUGUGCUACCUCUCCUAGAGACAAAGCUGCUUGCAGAACUGCCAGAUGAGGCCCGGGUGGUGGCUGGACGCUUCCCCUUUCCCACCUGGAUGCCAACCACCAGUGUUGGAGGGGGUAUAAACAGAAGCUGGGCCUAUGACAUCAAGACUGUACGGCAAAAAGGGCAGAACAAACCUGAGGGAUGCCUAGAAUGAGUCAAGAGCUCAGCUGCAGCUGGGGUUUACAGCCUGGACAAUAUCGUUGGAGCCUCUGCAGAUGUGUGUGCUUUUUUUAGCCCCUCAGAACUGCUCUGGAGGGCAAAUGCUGCCAUAGUGUGACUACUCAGCUGAAUAGCCCAGCAAGCAUGGGAGAGAAGGGGGUUGCGAUGAGCAGGGAGGGGGUGAUGAUUUGUCAGACUUUACCCCACAUGCUCUGGCUUCCCUAGAACCAGAAUCCUGGACAGCCUUUGAACUGGGGACUUGGGCUGGAAAUCCCCAAAGAACUGUCACAAGACUGAAGAGCUGAAUCUUUGAUUCUUGUUUAAAAUAACUCAUUUCCUCUUCUUAAUAGAUUUGCAAUUCAUUUUCUAACAAUAAAAAGACUGCAGGACUCGGUUCAUCCUUCUGGCAGGGCUGGGGUGCUGCCUGCCCCUCACCAUAGACAGAGCCAUUCUGGACUGUGUUCAGAAUUCCCUGGGAGAAAGGCUCAGUAAUGCAGCUUCUCCAGCUCUCUCUCUUUCUCCCUGAUCAUCAAGUCCUUGUAGGUCCUCCUCACAUAGUCACCACCCAGCAGGUCCUUCUCCAUGGAACAACUCACCAUGAGUGCAGAGCUGUAAAGUCUCCUCAGUGCCCUGUCCAUAAGAGCAGCUGAGCUCAAAUCCUAACCUGAACCCUACUGUCAUAACUAUAAAGGGAAGGGUAACAGCUCCCCUGUGUACAGUAUUAUAAAAUCCCUCCUGGCCAGAGACUCCAAAAUCCUUUUACCUGGAAAGGGUUAAGAAGCUCAG